UUACUUAAAUAAAAAAAAAAGUAAGAGAGGGAGAGUGACUUAGUCGGAACUUAUAAAGAGACAGUCUCACGCUGAAUGGUUUCAGUGCGGUUUUAUCAAGUCUAGCUAUUAACUUAACUAUUUUAGUUCGUUUUAAUACGAAAAAUAAUUUAUAAACAAAAAUUAACCUUCAUAUUUUUUUUUAAUUUAUCAAUUUAAUUUUAAUCUAUACCAACAGUAUUAUUUAUCUUAAAGUGAUAAGAUUAAAAAUAGAUGGGGCUUAAGUUUAUAAAUUUUGAUUGAUAUUAUUAUUUGACAAGUAAUAAAUAUAAAAUUAUUGUAUUCUCGACUAUGACAACUGAAAAUAAUUCAACGGUUAAUGAUAGCAACGGUCAAAACUCAUUAGUACACGAUAAUAAUAAUGAAGUUUUUACGAUUUCGAAAAGUAAAGUGUCCAAGGCAAUGGAAGGAAAAAAAAUGGAUUUCGAUGACUUACUGCCUUACGUAGGAGAGUUUGGAUUAUAUCAAAAAAUAUUGUUUUUAUUAAUGAUACCAUUUGCUUCAUUUGUCGCAUGGGUUUACUUUACACAAAUAUUUAUUACACUAGUGCCAGCUGAACAUUGGUGUAAAGUCCCUGGAUUAGAGAACCUUACUGUUGAACAGAGAAUAGCACUAGCGAUACCUCCCGUGGGGAUUUAUGAUAAUGCCGGUGCUUCUGGAAAUUCACGUUGUUCUAUGUAUAAAGUUAAUUUUACUGAGAUUUUGAUAAACCGCACUGGAAUAAUACCUGUUGCUGAUCCCUCAUGGCCAGUACAAAAAUGUCAGUAUGGCUGGGAAUACAAUUUCACGGAAAUACCAUAUGAAACUGUUGCAACAGAGAAUAAUUGGGUUUGUGAUGACGGUGCACUACCUACAUACGCUCAAAGUAUAUUUUUUAUUGGAGCCAUAUGUGGUGGUUUACUUUUCGGUUACAUAGCCGACAGAUAUGGACGAAUUCCCGCAUUAGUAGGCGCAAAUCUAAUCGGGUGUGUCACCGGAAUAGCAACUGCAUUUUCUAAUUCAUUUUGGGAAUUCGCAGCAUGUCGUUUCCUUUUGGGUUUUGCAUUUGACAAUUGCUUUACCAUGAUGUAUAUUUUAGUUCUUGAGUAUGUGGGACCAAAAUGGCGUACCUUUGUGGCAAAUAUGUCGAUCGCAUUGUUCUUCACAACCGCAGCUUGCGUACUUCCAUGGAUAGCUUAUUAUCUAGCUGACUGGCGUAUGACCACUAUUGUUUUAUCCAUUCCACUUGCAAUUUCUGUAUUGACGCCGUGGCUCGUACCUGAGAGUGCAAGGUGGCUCGUAAGUCAAGGACAGAUAGAUCGUGCCAUUCAUAUUCUCAAGAAAUUUGAAAGGAUCAAUGGUACCCAAGUUCCUGACAAUGUUUACAAAUGUUUUAAAGAAAGUUGUGAACAAGAACUUUCAAUCGAAGAAACAGAUAAAACAUAUUCAGCGAUUGACCUUUUCAGAAGCCCACGAUUACGUAAAAUAGUAUUAUUAUUAAUUAUUAUCUGGAUGGCAAUAUCUCUGGUGUUCGAUGGUCACGUACGUAACGUCGACAAUCUUGGCUUAAAUGUAUUUAUUACAUUCACAAUAGCCUCGGCCACAGAAAUGCCAGCUGAUACAUUACUGACAUUAUUACUUGAUCGGUGGGGACGUCGUUGGCUAGCAUUCGGAUCAAUGGCUGUGUCUGGGAUCUUUAGCCUUGGAGCCUGUGCAGUUUCUAGCCGUAUUUAUGCAGCAUCACUGGCCAUCGUUGGCAGGUUUUUUGUAAACAUAUCUUACAACAUUGGGCUUCAGUAUGCCGCUGAAUUAUUACCGACUGUUGUACGUGCACAGGGUAUGGCACUUAUUCAUAUAAUGGGAUAUGUUGCCAGUAUCAUAGCACCUUUCAUCGUUUAUCUUGCUGUAAUAUCACCAGUAUUACCUCUAUUGUUACUUGGAAUUUUGGGUAUCAUCGGUGGUGCGCUUGCUCUUUUUCUUCCUGAGACUCUCGAUCACGAAUUGCCUCAGACGCUGCAAGAUGGCGAAGAUUUUGGAAAAGAUCAAGGCAUUUGGGAUGUUCCUUGUCUAAUGAAGAAAGCUGAUCAUGAAAAAAGUCCAGAAUUUAUUAGGUCAUACAGAACAGACAGUAUUCGUAGUUCUGGCCGCUUGUCACUUCGAGGUGAAGUGUUGCGAAGUAGCAUGAUCCAAAGAUCUAGUGUGAGAUCACAGAAAAAUUUGUCGACACCUCUCGAGGUAGUAAAAUUAUAAAUUAACAUUUUUUUUAUUUUAGUAAGUUAAUUUUUCUAUUUUUUCAUUAAAUCAUAAUCAUAAUUUUUGUAUAAUAUGUCACUGUAAUUUGAAAUUAUUAUGAAAGAGAAUUGUUACGAGUAUUAAUCGAUGUAAUAUAAGAUAGAUAUUUUUUCAACGAGAAUUCUUAAGUAUCGAAUUUAUAAUUUUUUUAUCGAUCUCUUUUUUAUGUAUCGUAUGAUAUUGUAAUUUUAGACGAUAUUGCUUGUUAUCACAGCACAUUAUGAGCGUUAUCAAAAAAUAUGCAUAACGUUUUUUAUUUAUUAUUACUUAUUAAUUUUACGAUUGCAUGAUUUCAAUUGACAAGAUUUUUCGAAAUUUAGUUUAGCUGAAUUAUUUUAUAGACAUUGAUAAAUGCGAAUGUGAAGUUAUUCUGGUUUAAUAUGAUGGAGUUGGAAAGUUAUUUUUAGACGAAAUAAGUAAUAAUUUUUUUUUCAUUAAUAUUCAAGUUCUUUUCGCGGGAAGUUGCAACUUUAGAAUGAAAACCCAUUGGUGACAAGAAAAAUAAUUUUUGCUGACGAUAUAAUUUACAUUUAUUACGUAAACUUGAAAAUGUCGAAUUUAAAAAAAAAUAAAAAAUGAUAAUAAUUUUUUAUUAUUUUUACUUUGAAUAUUUGAAAAAAUGAUUGAGGUUUACGCUUGAAUAUAAUUAUUUAAAAAAUUAGAUUUGUACUAAUUUAGAACCAAAAAAUGAUAAAAAAUUACAAAAAGUUAAUUAAUCUAACUGUACAAAUUUUUGAAUUUUAGUAUAAAUAAAAUUUCCCAAGUCAAUCCAAAAUUUUUUUUUCAAAUUCGUACGGUUCCAAAUAACUGUACGGAAGUCUCAUUUCUUCUUAAUUUAUUUUAAUUUGACAGGCUUGAGAUAUAGAACUAAUUGUUUUUUUUCGGGUGAUCAAAUUUACUACAUGCUUAGAUGAAAAAGAACUGUAUAGUCACAUGUAAAGUUGGAUCAGCGAGUGAAUACUGUGCGUGUAUCUUCGGUUUUCGUAAGUUUCCGUAACUUCAGUUAUCUCAAAAGGUAUUUCCUUGCUUACCUGAUUAUAUUUAGUGGUCAUUACUGCCUAGCGCAGUAAGCAUUAUUUUUCUCUGUGCAAAAUUUAAAUAUGAAAAUUUUUCAAAUUUUUGAAUUGAAAAUAAAUUAAAUUACUCACUAGAGUUUAGCAGAAAGUAUCUUCCAAUAUUGUAUAUAUUUAUUCCAUCAAAACCAGAAUUACUUCUCAAGUUUAUUUUUCGUAAAAUUAAUAAAAAAUUUUUAAAAAUUAUUUGCCGCUUUUUUUCUUCAAAAGUAAGAAAAAAAAUUUUCGUAGAUUAAAUAUGAUAAAUACUA